AUGAACCCAUUUGGGACACUUAGUACCCAAUAUAGCACUUGGCCGGUUCUUCUAACUAUCUACAAUUUGCCUCCUUGGUUAUGCAUGAAGUCUAGAUACAUUAUGUUGUCCCUUUUAAUAUCUGGGCCUAAACAACCUGGGAAUGACAUUGAUGUGUAUCUAGCGCCUCUCAUUGAAGAUUUGAAAUUGUUGUGGAAUGAAGGUGUCUCGAUGUAUGAUGCAUAUAGUAAAACCAAUUUCACUUUACGUGCCAUGAUUUUUUGUACAAUAAACGAUUUCCCAGCUUAUGGGAAUUUGUCAGGGUACACCGUGAAGGGAACAAAACCUUGCCCCAUUUGUGAAGAUGAUUUGGAGGCAUUGCGCCUAGACAAUUGUGGCAAGCACGUAUACAUUGAUAAUCGUAGACAUCUUCCUGAAGACCACCCUUUUCGGAAGAAUAAGAGGGGUUUCAAUGGAAAAGUGGAGAUGAGAGAAGUUCGGGGCCCUUUACGUGCAAGUGAGGUUUAUAUGCGAGUGAAAGACAUUGAAAAUGAGUUUGGUAAGCCUUACAAAAGUAAAUCAAAAGGGGGCUAUAAGAAGAAGUCCGAGCUAUGGUCUCUCCCAUACUGGAGACAUUUGGAAGUUAGACAUUGUCUAGAUGUAAUGCAUAUUGAGAAAAAUGUUUGUGAUGCCAUUGUGGGAACAUUAUUGAAUAUGCCAGGAAAGCAAAGGGUGGAGUUAAGCAAGGUCAUAAAUCCAUGUAUAUUAGAUGACUUGCAAGCAGAUAUAAUUGAGACAAUGUGUCGAUUUGAAAUGUAUUUCCCCCCAUCUUUCUUUGACGUGAUGCCCCAUUUGGUUAUUCAUCUUGUACGGGAAAUUAAACUUUUUGGACCCGUUUGUAUGAGGUACAUGUAUCCUUUUGAGCGACUAAUGGGUGAUUUAAAGGGAAAAGUCAUGAAUCCGGCCAAACCUGAAGCCAGUAUUGUCCAACGAACAACAGCUGAGGAAGUGGUAGCAUGGGUUGCUCAGUUUCUUGCAAGUGCACAAAAAAUUAGGUUGCCACAGUCUCGACAUGAUGGGAGGCUCGGAGGUGAAGGUAUUGUUGGUAGAAAAAGGUUUUCAAUGGGCUGUGAUAUGAAAAAUAAGGCUGAGCUGUUUGUUUUGCAAAGUCUUAGUGAAGUUCAUCCUUACUUGAAUGAGCACAUGAUUUUUCUUAAAAAUGAAUACCCUUCCAAAACUGAUCUUCAGCUGAUAAAGGAGCAUAAUUGUUCAUUCCUUACAUGGUUCAAGGAUCGAGUGAUGUCUCAAUUGUCCACCACACCUAAUGAUGUAUCUGACACAUUGAGAUGGUUAGCAUAUGGUUCUAAAUGUCAAGUCAUUUCGUAUGAGGGAUACGACAUCAAUGGAUAUUCUUUUUACACUAGUCGACAAGAUGACAAAACAACAAUGCAAAAUAGUGGUGUUAAAGUAAUAGGUUUGUCAUCUGAAUUUGUUAGUAAACAUGAUAAAACACUAGUGGAUAGGAAGAAAUUUUAUUAUGGAGUAAUUGAAGAAAUAAUAGAGUUAGACUAUGUUGAUUUCAAGAUGCCUCUAUUCCGAUGUAAGUGGGCUGAUAUUAGUCGUGGUGUAAAAAAAGAUGAACAAGGGAACUUGACCCUUGUAAAUUUUGGUCGACCAGGGCAUCUAGCUGAUCCAUUUAUAUUAGCAUCACAAGCAAAACAAGUGUUUUACAUGGCUGACCCAGCUAAUCGUAAAUGGUCAGUUGUUUAA